AACAACAGCGUGGUGGCCAAGCAGCUGAAACCGGCCACCAAGACCUUCAUAAGGGAUAGCAUCAAGAAGCAGCAGAUCGACUCCGACAUGUUUGACCAGGCGCAGACGGAAGUGCAAUCUCACAUGGAGGAGAACGCGUACCAGAUGUUCCUGACCUCUGACAUAUACCUCGAAUAUGUGCGUACCGGCUGCGAGAACGCCGCCUACAUGAACCACAGCGGUCUUAGCCUCAAGCUGAUGUGCGGAUAUCUUCCUCCCCUCAUGGAGGAAGAGGAGUGGAGUUGUACCGACCUGAAGGCGAAAGCGUUGGGGUCUGUGGUCGGGCUGUCUGCGAAAAACCUGAGGGCUACAACCACCAUCCGGACAGCAGCUGAGGUGCUAGAGAGGAGCUGCAGGUCUCACCACCGAGGAAACCCUGCCAGCCCGUACUUCGUCAACUCUGGCUACGUUUUUGCCCCCGCCACUAGUGCCAACGACAGCGAGAUCUCCAGCGAUGCAACGACCGACGAUUCCAUGUCGAUGACCGACAGCAGCGUAGAUGGAAUUCCUCCAUACAAGCUGGGCACCAAGAAGCAGCUCCAACGAGAGAUGCAUCGUAGUGUUAAGAUCAACGGGCAGGUGACACUACCCCACUUUCCUAGGACACACCGUCUACCCAAGGAGAUGACCCCAGUUGAGCCCUCCGCUUUUGCUGCCCAGCUCAUCGCCAAGCUGGAAAAGCUGAAGCGAGAGCAGGACACGAUGAGCUCGCUGGAGGAGAGGCUGCAGCAGAUCCAGGAGGAGGAUGAGAGGGAGGAGAGCACCAACAUCAGCAGCGUCUCGCUGCAUCACCCUCUGCUUCCGCCGCCUAGCCAGUGUGAGGAGGACCCCCAGGCCAUCUUAGACGAGCACCUUUCCCGCGUGCUGAAGACGCCCGGCUGCCAGUCGCCGGGCGUGAUUCGGUACUCCCCACGCUCACGCUCCCCAGAACGGACCGGUGCAUUUGUGCCCUCCGGGCCCUUCUUUGGGUCUUACCACGGAGCCUCCAAGGUUCUGAUGGCGGGCAGGCAGUCCACGAAGCACAUCCACCACCACUACAUCCACCAUCACCACGCUGGGCCAAAAACCAAGGAGCAGAUCGAAACCGAGGCGGCUCAGCGUGUGCAGUGCCUCUGCCCUCAAGGGGGCGCCAACUACUCCAACUUCACACCUGCCCACUGCAGCACUUUGUCCAGACGGCCACUCAAGGCCUGCGACGAGGACUCGUCUCCGCCAUGCCUUCCCCAAGUCUCCACCGACCGCUCCCAAAAUGUUUGGCAGUGGAUCCUAGAGAGUGAGAGGCAGGGCAAGCACAAGCCACAUAGCACUCAAGGCCUAAAGAAGUCCAACUCACUUGACUCCAAGAUUCUCCCCACGCGAACCAACUCCUCCUGGGGAGGAGGCGGUCCCUGUAACGGAAGUCACCUCCGUGGCCACCACCCGGGUCACCCUUUUAUCCAGGAUCCGGCCAUGCCACCAUUACCUCCACCCAACACCCUGGCACAGCUGGAGGAGGCCUGUCGCAGACUGGAGGAGGUUUCGAAGCCACCAAAGCAAAGGCACUCAGCAGCCGGCAGCCUUCAGAGGGACCGGAGCCUUCCAGGUGCCGGAGGGAGUGGAGGCAGCUCUCUGGCCAACCCCGAUGAGUCGAAGGAGCUGGUGGUCACAUACUUCUUCUGUGGUGAGGAGAUCCCAUAUCGCAGCAUGAUGAAGACCCACUGCCUCACCUUGGGUCACUUCAAGGAACAGCUCAGCAAGAAAGGCAACUAUCGGUACUACUUCAAGAAGGCGAGCGAUGAGUUUGAGUGUGGCGCGGUGUUCGAGGAGGUGUGGGAGGAUGCCGCCGUGCUGCCCAUGUACGAGGGCAAAGUCCUGGGCAAGGUGGAGAGGAUGGACUGAAGAGCACAAACCUUCCCCACCAAACCAAAAGCUACAAAACUUUUCCAGAAAAACUUGAGCAACAGACUCUCGGUGUAAAAACACUCGUUUUUUCAAUUUUUAUCAAUGUCUUAUUACUAAGCUAAACAGAGUUAAUAUAUCCAGCACAAGAGGAGUGAUUGAAGGAAGACGAGCCAAUGAAGUAUGCCGAAGUCGGGGGAGGUGCCGCCCCCCUCCCUCCCUGACUCUGUCAACCAAUCAGCCUUAGAAACACAAGGGAACGAACCUCUGCAGAAUCAGAGGCCAGGGCGGGGAGAAGAAACCACUGAAGAAGUAGAUGACCCCUCAACAUCACGCUCCGACGUCGUCACGGAAACGUCCAUACGUGUGCAUAUACAUACAUGCAUAUAUGUAUAUAUACAUGUAUUAUAUUAUAUAGAUGCUUUUUGUUGAGUUUUUAUUUAGUAUUUAUUGAAAAGUUUCCCUCCACCCCAGUGUCCCGCCCCCCUUUUCCUGUUCCCAGCCAAUGGGCAAGCUGCUUUCAAUGUUGGGAGAAUACUGUGGUGAGUGUUUCAUGUUUGUUUUGUUUUAUUACUUUUAUGUUACAGAAAAGAAAAAAAAAAAUAGAAAAAAGAAAAGUCGUGGCCCCAGCGGGACUUCUCCCAUAGCCUUGCUGCCACGUGUGACCCAAACUUAGAUUCUGGUGUGGGUUAUGCCCAAAGCUCUCCGUUAUCCUGGUGGUCAGUCCCAGUUCUAUAUGCUGCUGAUAUUUUAUUCUCCCAGUGACCCUCACCCACUACACCUAGCAACAGAGCUCAAACUUUUUAUGUUGUGCCUUUGUUUGUAAACCAGGCGUUUGCACCAGGAUUGUGCCGGUGUGGUGGUUGGGGCGGAGGUGUUCAGAUUCACACAGAAAGUAGUCGUAAUGAUGGCAGUGUUUACAGCCCACACACCGACAUAACCAACAGAUCAGUGAAGUGACUUCUUGAUGAAGUCAUUUAGCGUGUGUGGAAGAAAAAAGCAAAAAGAAUUCUGGCUCCAGCAUCGUCUGAAUGUUGUAAAAGCGUCUGCAGCAGAACUCCUGCGUUAUUGUAAUUAUGCAUUCUGAAGUAAGAACACACACACACACACACACACACACACACAUGAUUGCUGGUGUUUUCUGAGAACAGCACCUGUGCCUGCAUGGAUGCCAUACCAUGUGCUGCCCUGUUUCAGGGUUUAUUAAAUAUCCCUCGGUUUUCAGAAGGGUUUUAUGUUGAAAAGAUAUUUUUAUGCUUUUAAUAAUGUCCUGUAAUCACGUUGUUGUUGUUUUAUUUGUUGUUUUUUUUACACCAUGACCUUUUUUGUUUCUUCUAUCUAAACUGUAAAUUAUACAUAAUUAUAUACAGAGUUUCAUUUAAAGAUUUACAUGGAUCUAUAAUUAUUGUAAUUAUUGAAAGAUGUAGCCUUUAUUAAAGUUUUAUAUUUUUCAAAUGAAA